CGCGACAGAAGACACCGGUGCGUGGGGAACACACAGUAUGGAAAAGUUUCCUCUCAAAGGCACGAGCAAUCUUACGAUAUCAUCCGCUGCUACGAAUCAUCCCUUGAGCGCUGAUCAUACGUCUUAUCAGUCCGUUGCAAGCAAGACCGGAAAGGGUUCUCCAUCGUCCAUCGGAUCGGAACGCAUCACCACCUCCCUGACGACAGCGCCCGGUGUGCCGGUGUACGAGGCGGACGAGGACGGCAUGAUCGACAUUACGCCCGGCAAUGGCGGCCUGACCAACCCGAACUACCCUUACACGUAUGCGGCGAAUGGUGGCCGACAGGAAGGGGUCGGUGCACCGAGCGCUAGUGGCGGUAAUGGUGGUGGGCCAAAUGCUGGUGCCGCUGCUGCUGGUGGGGCCUCCGCCGGCAAUGGUGGAGACGGUGGUGGUAUAUCGUCGCCCACACAUACUCGCUUCGGGCGCGAUUUUCAUCACUCUGAUCAUGAAGGUAUAUCAUUUGCCGGCAUGACGGACACAAGCGACGACAUUCCCGGCAUCGGACAGUACGAUGAUUUUCACACAAUCGAUUGGCAGCGUGACAUUGCGCGGGAUCGUAUGCGACAUCGGUACAUCGUUAAAAAGCGACAGGAUUCAUUUUGGGAUCUUCUAAAGGGUGCCCAUGAUGCGUGGUCCGGCUGGGUGUGCGUGCUGCUGGUCGGCCUCUUUACCGGUUGUGUGGCCGGUGUGAUCGAUAUCGGUGCGAGCUGGAUGACCGAUCUUAAGUUUGGCAUCUGCCCACAGGCGUUUUGGCUCAAUCGCGAACAGUGCUGCUGGUCGUCGAACGAAACGUCCUUCGACAGUGGCAACUGCUCACAGUGGUACGCCUGGUCGGAGAUCUUUACCUCCUCCCGGGAAGGGUUCGGUGCGUACGUCAUAUCGUACUUCUUCUACAUCAUGUGGGCGAUGCUGUUCGCACUGCUGGCCGCAUCGCUCGUUCGGAUGUUUGCACCGUACGCGUGCGGGUCUGGUAUACCGGAGAUCAAGACGAUACUGUCCGGGUUCAUUAUACGCAGCUAUCUGGGAAAGUGGACGCUGAUCAUCAAAUCGGUCGGCAUCAUGCUGUCGGUAUCGGCCGGCCUUAGUCUUGGUAAGGAGGGCCCGAUGGUGCAUAUUGCGAGCUGCAUCGGCAACAUACUGUCGUAUCUCUUCCCGAAGUAUGGGCGCAAUGAGGCGAAAAAGAGGGAAAUCCUUUCGGCAGCUGCGGCGGCCGGUGUGUCGGUCGCGUUCGGUGCACCGAUCGGUGGUGUGCUGUUCAGCUUGGAGGAGGUGUCGUACUACUUUCCGCUGAAAACACUUUGGCGUUCGUUCUUCUGUGCGUUGAUUGCGGCAUUUAUACUGCGAUCGAUCAAUCCGUUCGGGAACGAACAUUCGGUGCUGUUCUACGUGGAGUACAACAAACCGUGGAUUUUCUUCGAGCUUGUCCCGUUUAUUGGGUUGGGAAUAAUUGGAGGCUUCAUUGCAACGUUUUUCAUCAAGGCAAACCUUUGGUGGUGCCGGUUCCGCAAGUACAGCAAACUGGGCCAGUACCCGGUAACGGAGGUAUUGAUCGUAACGUUCAUUACGGCCGUUAUUGCGUAUCCGAAUCCGUACACGCGCAUGAACACGAGUGAACUCAUCUAUCUCCUCUUUAGUCAGUGUGGCAUUUCGAAUCAGGAUCCGCUGUGUGACUACAAUCGUAACUUUACCGAUGUCAAUUCGGCCAUAGAAAUAGCGGCUGCCGGACCGGGCGUACACAAAGCGGUUUGGUUGCUCAUUCUAGCGCUCGCUAUGAAAUUGGUCAUGACGAUCUUCACGUUCGGUAUGAAGGUACCGUGUGGAUUGUUUAUUCCUUCGCUAGCGCUUGGAGCCAUCACUGGCCGUGUGGUUGGAAUUGGCAUGGAACAGCUGGCGUACAAUUAUCCAAAAAUAUGGAUCUUCUCUGGCGAAUGUUCCACCGGAGAUGAUUGCAUUACGCCCGGGCUGUAUGCGAUGGUCGGUGCUGCUGCCGUGCUCGGAGGGGUCACAAGAAUGACCGUGUCCCUUGUGGUUAUUAUGUUCGAGCUAACCGGUGGCGUCCGAUACAUCGUACCGCUGAUGGCGGCGGCCAUGGCUUCCAAGUGGGUUGGUGAUGCGUUAGGGCGACAGGGCAUCUACGAUGCACACAUAGCUCUUAACGGCUAUCCGUUCCUGGACAGCAAGGAUGAAUUCCAGCACACAACACUAGCGGCGGACGUGAUGCAGCCAAAACGCAAUGAAACUCUAGCGGUGAUUACUCAGGACUCGAUGACGGUGGACGACAUCGAGACCCUACUCAAAGAGACUGAACACAACGGCUACCCGGUGGUUGUGUCUAAGGAGAAUCAAUAUUUGGUUGGCUUCGUGUUGCGAAGGGAUCUUAAUCUAGCACUAGCUAACGCACGACGCAUCAUUGACGGUAUCACUGGCCAAUCGCUGGUAAUAUUCACCUCCGCCCAACCGGUCCAAAACCUUGGCCCGUCGCCAUUGAAGCUGAAGAAAAUCCUCGACAUGGCUCCGAUCACCGUGACGGAUCAGACACCGAUGGAAACGGUGGUCGAUAUGUUCCGGAAGUUGGGCCUGAGGCAAACAUUGGUCACCCACAAUGGGCGACUACUCGGUGUAAUAACCAAAAAAGAUGUCCUAAGGCACGUCAAACAGAUGGACAAUGAAGACCCGAAUACUGUUUUGUUUAACUGAGCGCUUAGCUAUUUAUAAUGAUACAUAUAUAGAGAUAUUAUGCUGGCCUCCAUUCUGUCCUUCCC